AUGGAAGUAACAGACACUACGGAGUCAUCUAGGAAAGACACCUUGCCGGAUGGCAUACAUGACAACAAUGAUGAUGAAGAAGCCACCGUAAAAGCUUCCAAUUUUGACCCCAAUCGAACGUCUAAGGAUCGCAGGAUAGAAGAACUUAAGACGACGAUGGACAGUAAACCAACUGAACCAGCUUUUUCAGAGCUCGGUUUGUUGCGACGUGGGAUCGUUGAAGGAUGGAUAACCAGAGAAAACAUGCGCAAUGCAGCAGAAGAACAGUUCUUUGACCGGGUCAUUAGCGAGCUGCUGAAUGCAGGGGAAUGGAAUCAAUCGCGUCGACAAUUGAGUGACGAAGCCGCUGCCGAUGGACACAAUGCCCGAUCGACGACAACGAGUAGUCCUACGAAGGACGAACAGGCUGCUAUUUCGGCUACCAAUACACCGCACGAUGACGAAGGUCACUGCGUAGACAUGGAGGCCUCUUCUGUGACCGCUACGAAAGCGGAUUCUUCUCCCGACGAGCUUGGUGACGCAGCAGGUUUGUCGUCAUUGACCAACAGCCAUGAAGCACCGAUGCACAACUUUCAACAACUCGAACAGUUUGACUUGAAAGGUUGGACCGAUAUCAACGGUAAGGACAAGCCACGACCAGAGAACAAUGUGACACCUAGUCAGAUGGAUGAUUCUAUGGUCGAUUCAGCUUUGAGCAUUGUUGGCACAACGACGCAAGCCCCAAAAAAUUCCUAUCGAGAAGACGAUGUAACGACUGAACCGGAUUCUAUGAUUCCUGGCUCUGACCAAGCUACAAAUAACACAGCCGCGAUGGACGAAACAGAAGUGUUCUCGCCAACUGAGACAGACGAAGACGCUGAACCCAUGGACAUUGACACCCAUGGAAAUGAAGGCAUAGGUGAACCCGGUCGCAGUACCGUGAGCACUAACAAUGAAGGCGAUUUAUCGGCUAGCAAUGACAACCGCCCAUCGUUGCCAAACAACGAAACCGCGAUGGACGAAACACAUGUGUUGUCGCCAACCGGGGGCGUUGAACCCUUGGACAUGGGCAAUGAUGGAAACAAGGGCAGUGAUGAACCCGUUACCAACGUUAAAAUUGAUGGUGAACUAUCGGCUAUUAAUAGCAAUGACAACCGCCUUCACUUCUCAGACGACGGAACAGGCGAGGCCAUGAAGGGAAAUCAGACCUUGCCAGCCAACGGAUGUUGCGCCAUCCUUUGA